AAGGGUAGUCAGAGCUUUUCCCCCACUUCUACAUUAUAAAAAUCUAAAAUAAUUAAUCAGUUAAACAUUCAAUAUUCAAUAUAUAUAUAUAAUAUAUAUAUAUAUUAAUAUAAGCUUCUCUGAAAUCUCAUGCUCCCCAUCUGCAAAAAAUAUACUCUUACAUAUCCACCAAACUGACCAAAAAGCCUUAUCUUUUUUCAAACCCCAUUACACCUCUUUCAACUGUUGCAACUAUAUAUAUUUUAUUCUGGGGCUUCUUUUAUUAUAUAUUUUCUCAUAUUUUACAUGUUCAAGUACUAUUAGCAAUUUCUUUUUAGUAUUAUAGUAUUCAGCCUUACAUUUUUUCCUAUCUAUAUAAGCAUAUAUGCCCUUUUGCAAGCCAUAACACUGUAUCAACAUUUGGUCAUUAACAUCGUCAUCAUCGUCCAUAGUAUAUAGUUCAAGUUUUCAUGGUUCAGAAAUUAAAGAGGGUUGGUUAGUGCAAGUACAGAGAUUAUAGACAGAGCUGAGGCCGUUUGUUCCAAGUUUGUCUCCAUUAUUUACAAUUUUAUAAAGAAAAAAUAUUUCCAACUGGUGGCUUCUUUGCCGUUCUUACUUGGCUGGCAGUUGUUGGAUCUGGAAUCAUAACUGGCGUAGAGAGGAUUGAUCAAUGGAUAGUUUGGGAUGGGAUGAUUCACAAGUCCUUACAAACACAUCAGCUUUGUGGAGCAAUCCACAACAUGCAAUACCUCUGUGGAGCAAUCAAGAAAAUGAAGAAAGCUUGAUUGCUUCUAAUUCAAAUUCCUGCCCUUUUGGUGACAAGAUAGAUCUAACAGAAGAUAUCUUCAAUCAAUUUCAAGACCUUCAAAAGAUCAAUUCAAAUUCUGAUCAAAGACGCCAAGAGACUACAAGAAUAGUUGCAGGUACAGUUCUUGCAAAAUCAACUCAAGAAUUAUACUCUUCUCCUUACGCUACGACUUGUUUUGGCAUGAGUAAUGAUCAAUCAAGAAUCAUCAAUGGCGGGUUACCAAAUAGAAAGGGUAACGGUGUUCCAAAAUCUGUUUCUCUUGAAUCUCUUGAUUGCUUACUCUCAGCUACUAAUAGCAACACCGACACAUCAGUAGAAGACGAUGGGAUUUCUAUGAUCUUCUCUGAUUGUAGAAAAAAUUUGUGGACAUUUGGAAAUAAUAAUAAUAGUGCAGUUUCAUCUGGAGAAUCCGAAAACAAUACUUCCAAUACAAGAAACAAAGAAGUGCAUUACAAAAUAAGUGAGCUCGACGAAUCUGUUUCUCAGAGUACUUGUUCAGAUAAAAAAUGCUCACAAGUUCCAACAAAGAGAAGCAACAAUGAUAAAUAUACUUAUUUUGAUCUUCUACAACAUGAUUGUUCUGCUACAGAAGGUGGCUUUAGGCUCAUUUCUGAAAACCCAUCAAAGCCAAUAAAAAGACAGAGAUCAUCAUCAGAUAAGCGCCCAGGCCCAUCGAAUAUCAACUUUCAGCAACCGAGUUCUUCAGUAUCUUCUUCAGUAAUUGAUCAAGAGCCUGAUCCGGAAGCAAUUGCACAAAUGAAGGAAAUGAUUUAUAGAGCUGCAGCUUUUAGGCCAGUCAAUUUAGGCUUGGAAAUAGUGGAGAAGCCAAAAAGAAAGAAUGUUAGAAUAUCAACUGAUCCACAAACAGUGGCUGCAAGGCAAAGAAGAGAACGAAUAAGUGAAAGAAUUAGGGUUUUGCAGAGGCUGGUCCCAGGAGGAAGCAAGAUGGACACUGCAUCAAUGCUCGAUGAGGCUGCAAAUUAUCUUAAGUUCUUAAGGUCACAAGUCAAAGCACUAGAAAAUAUUGGCCACAAACUUGACUCAGUUAAUUGUCCACCAACAAACAUUGCUUUCUCUUCUUUACCUUUCAAUAACCACACUAAUUUUCCCAUGCAGACUCACUUUCCACUUCAAAACCCUAAUCAUAUUCACCACCCUCAGAGUUGAAAAGCUAAUUUAAAAAAAAAAAAAAAAACCCACUACAAUAAUGGAUCCCUUAAUCAUGAUUUAGUUAUCAUCAUUUCCAUCUCCAAUGAUUUGAUUAAGGAUCCAAAGCCCAUUUUCUAGCCUAAAAAACAAGUACAAAAAAGCUAAUCCAAGAUCCUUACUCAUAAUCUUCAUCAUUACAUUUCUGUGACCCAAAGAGUUAAAAGCUUUCCACUAAUGAUAGGUUUCCUAAUUAUUAUCAUCAUUACAUCCACCUUGUCCAAGAGCAAACAAGGAAAAGAGUAACUUUUGUGUAGUUCCAUCUUCUCUACUGUUUUUGCUAAUUCCACCAUAUAAAAAAUAGUGGAAUUAUUGGAAUUGUGGGAGAAAAUGACAGUGCAAAUAGUAAAAUAGUUUAGGUAUAUCACUGCCUUUUUUGUUACAUACAGAAAGGCAAAGCAAUUAUAACACCUAUGAUUAAGAUCAAGGGCUAGAAAGUGAUUAUCACUUUA